AAAAAUGAAAGAAAAAAGGGUGGAACAAAAGAGUUCUGCAAAUUUCCUUCACCCACAUCAACAGGGUAUUGAAGAUUCAGAUUUUCCGGUCAAAUUCCUAUUUCUCUUCCUUUCCGAUCAGCGAUUUUGUUGAGGGACCGAUCUCUUUAGGAUUCGUUGGAUGAUCGUCGAUUACUGACAGAGCCACAAAUAAUUGUACAAUGGAACUUGGGAGGCCUGGCUCAGGCAAAAGAAGGCUAAGGGACCUAUUGCUCCUAAAGGAUAAUCGCUUCUGUGCGGAUUGUCGCGCUUCAGACCCUAAAUGGGCGUCAGCAAAUAUUGGAGUUUUUAUAUGCUUGAAAUGUUGCGGCGUUCACAGAAGCCUUGGUGCACAUAUAUCAAAGGUGUUAUCAGUGACAUUGGAUGAAUGGAAUGAUGAUGAAAUUGAUGCUAUGAUAGAAAUUGGAGGAAAUUCUUCUGCAAAUGCAAUUUAUGAAGCCUUUAUUCCUGAUGGAUUUUCAAAACCUGGACCAGAUGCCAGCCAUGAACAACGUUCAAGAUUUAUUCGAUCCAAAUAUGAACUUCAAGAAUUUCUGAAACCGAGCUUGAGAAUUUCAUCAGCCCACUCUGACAAAAGCAAUAUCCAAGCAAACUUUGCUACAAGGGUCAUGAACAGUUUUCGUUCUUCACAAAAACAAGAAGGUAUGGUAGACUUUAUUGGAUUAUUGAAGGUCAAAGUGAUUAAAGGGACAAACUUAGCUAUCAGGGAUAUGAUGACAAGCGAUCCUUAUGUAGUCUUGACUCUUGGACGACAGACUGUCCAGACAUGUGUAGUCGCGAGCAACUUGAACCCUGUGUGGAAUGAGGAACUGACGCUAUCUGUACCUCAAUCUUUUGGAUCCUUAAAGUUGCAAGUAUACGAUUAUGACACGUUUUCAGCAGACGACAUAAUGGGAGAAGCAGACAUUGAUCUCCAGCCCUUGAUAACAUCCGCAAUGGCAUUUGGAGAUGCUGGAUUGUUUUCAAAUAUGCAAAUUGGAAAAUGGCUGAAAUCGCACGAUAAUGCUCUCAUGAACGAUAGCACCGUUAAUAUUGUCGAUGGGAAGGUGAAGCAAGAGAUGACACUCAAGCUUCAGAAUGUGGAAUCAGGAGAACUAGAUCUAGAGCUGGAAUGGAUGGCCUCUUGAACAAUAGGUACAUAUAAAUCCCUCCCAAUUCAUUCAAGUUCAAAUGGUUAGUUUUCUGGUAUAGUCUUUCUUAUAUAGAACGGUACUGUGUAAUUUUAUUUUUUUGGUCUGUUUUUCUUCUCUAUACUGAGAUGAAAGUUUUGUCUAUCCAUACUUUUGUGCUUUCUGUUAUCAAAAUCUGAUCACUUCUUUCA